CCGAGGAGGCCGCGUUGCCAAGGGAACGGGAGGACGCCAGGCAGCCGCCCCCACCGCCUCCGCCCCUAGAAAGCCCGGCCGCCGCCGCAGGAAGCUGCCUCCCGGGAGGAGGAGGAAGAGGGCCCGGUAGCGGGAGGGGAGACGAGGCAGGAGGAGGAAGAGGAGCACAGGGACGGCCUCGCGCGAUUGAUGGGCGGCCCCUCCGCCCUGGAGCAGCCCGCCUGCCCCGCCCCUCGGCCCCCUUCAGCCCUCGCAGGUUGGGGAUUAAGAAUCAUGUUGCAUGAAGCAAAGGAGAGGCAGAAGUUCGUGAGUAAGGUUCAGUAUCUGCGGGACAUGCAGCAUAAGGUGGACUCUGAAUAUCAGGCUUGUCUGAGACGACAAGAAUACAGAAAAGACCCAAAUGAGAAGAAACGAGAUCAAUUUUGGGGACAAGAGACAAAUUUGGAGAGAUCCCGGUUUUUAAGUGGGUCAUCUUCCAAACAGAGUUCUGCUGAGGAGGAUCCUCUAGCCGAACCAAGACCAUCUACCAAGAGUUCUGCAGCUCAGUGUGAUUCCAGACUUCCAGCAAUUGACCAAACAUCAGUCAAACAGAAACAUAAAAGUACCAUGACUCCAAGGAAACUGGAGAAAGCAGGCCCCAGCAAACCCUCUUCAGCAGCCCAGGAACCACAGAUUUUAUCAAGGAAGAGGAGGCCAAAGCUGGGGACACUGAUCGUCAGCCCAGAAACGCAGAGCCUGAGGGUGCUGGGCGCCAGGAGCAGACUGAAAUCCCAGCUGCCAGCCAAGGCACCAGCCCUCAGGGGACCAGAUCCAAUAAUUCAACAAGAGGGCCCAAUGUGGGCAAGUGACACUAAGCUGAAGAGGCCAACUCAAGAGAGAAGAAAUGUAGUCUCAUCCUCCCAGCUAAUGACCAUGACUGAGAAUACCUCUGAACGAGCCAAAAAAGGAGACUCAAGUGCCCUUUCCCAGAAUGAGCCACAUCCAGCCCUACCUCAGGCCUUCCAAGGAACAAACACCCCUCAGGUGUUGAGUGAGUCCUUGAGACCACCACUCUUAACCACCACCAUGGGAGGACCAAGAAGGGCACCAUUUAGAUUCCGAGAUGAAGAUUUUUAUUCCAUUUUAUCAUUAGACCCUGGAGGAGAAAGUGAUGACACUGAAGAGGAGACCCUCAUAGCAGAAGAACUUUUGUUGGUUGGUAUGCGCCCACCUCGUUCUCCUCCCAAUCAUAAGAGAAGUCGAUUUCUUGGGACAUUGGCCACUCAGGACAAAAAUAAAAAUUUUGAAGAAAAUCCUGAAAAUUGCAGAGCUAAUUCUGUAAGAAGAAAUGAGUCCAGUCAUGGCUCAUUAAGAAUAAGCAAUGCAAUGGAGCUAGUGACAGAGCCACCUCCUCUUGGGCCAAGGGUGUUUCAAGACCCUGAGCCACCUAAUGGGGGGUCUCCUAGAGAGAAUGACAAUGGUAAUGGUGAACACAAGAACAGCACCUUUCCUUCAUGGGACACCAAAUCUGAAGCUAGUCUAGAUGGUGACCUCAAUGCUGAGAAUGUACUUAGAGAUUGUACUUCAGUGGAAGAUAGGCCUGGUACUCACGAUUAUGAAAGAGAUUGGCAUGCCUAUUUAAACAGUUCUAGUAAUUCUCUUGACUAUUUUCUUUCUGGCAGACCAACAGCUCCAAGAUCACCAGUGAAUUCAUCUUAUAACAUUCCUGGCUCAUUAAUGCAUUCUGCUAUGAGAGAGGAUAUUCCAGUAGACUUGUCAAUGUCGUCAACGUUUAUUCACAGUGCAGACUCAGAGGGAAACUCAAGAUUUAAUGUUCGUCGACCACUGUCCCCCAUUAGAAAUAGGAAUCCAUUUGCCAGUGCUGAAAACCAAAGUUAUUUUCCAGUAAACAGUGUACAUGAAUUUGAUGUCAGGGGAGCAGAUGUUACUUUAACAAGCCCAUCACAGAGGGCUCCAUUAUAUGCAGAAGACCUCUUACUAAAUUCUCAAAGCAGUUUGUCCUUUGUGGAAUCUUCCAGCUCCUCUCCAUCAAGAAUGAAUUUACAAGGCCAUUUGCAUGUGCCUGGGUCUCUGCAAGAAAACAUACCUUUUACUUUCUUUGCAGUCUCUGAUUUCCCAAAUCAAAGUGAUAAUGGAAACAGAAUGGCAGUCUCUGCUUUCAAGGAUGAAAAGGAAGCCAUUAAGAUAAAGGCAGACCCUGAGAAACUCAAGAAAUUACAAGAAAGUCUCCUGCAGGAGGACUCGGAGGAGGAGGAUGGAGACUUGUGUCGCAUCUGUCAGAUAGCCGGGGGUUCCCCAACCAACCCCCUCCUGGAGCCCUGUGGCUGUGUGGGCAGCCUACGGUUCGUUCAUCAGGAGUGCCUGAAAAAGUGGCUGAAAGUGAAAAUAACAUCAGGAGCAGAUCUAGGUGCUGUGAAAACUUGUGAGAUGUGUAAGCAAGGCCUGCUGGUUGACCUGGAUGAUUUUAACGUGACCGACUUCUAUCAGAAGCAUCAGCAAUCCCGGGCACAAAAUGAGCUGAUGAAUUCAGGUUUGUACCUGGUGCUGCUGCUUCACCUCUACGAGCAGAGGUUUGCAGAACUCAUGAGACUCAAUUACAACCGAGUUGCAAGAGAGAGGGUGCUGAGAUGGGGAUCCGGGAAAGCGGCUACAAGACACGAUGCCAUGCUGUCCUAUUCUUUGAGAAGCCUCUGAACAAGAAGUAACUGGAAAGUAGCACUUGGAUCAAGAGAACCAGUGGACCCAGUGAAUUCCCAGAGGCUAUGAACUGACAACACAAGAUCUUCCCUGGCUGGGACUUCCUGGCAUGUCCAGUGAUCCCAUAAACAAACAGUUUGUCUCCUUAGUGAGGUUGUGAGCUACCUGAAGGCAAAGCUGGGCCUUCUACACCUGUGUCAUGAUGCUGGGCAUACAGUGAAUCAUACUCGCUGACCAUGUCCCAGGCAAUGUGAAUGCCAGGAGCAUGGAGUGAUUACAAAAAUGCGAAAUAACUGGGAAAUGAAGACAUGGUCUGCUAAGGGUUGGGGACAGAGGGGGUCACAGGCAACUUGGACUUGGAACUCUUAUCUCUCUUUGUACCCCAUCACCCUCCAGGGCCUAGAAAAUGCCUGGCACAUAGUAGGUGCUCAUUAACCUUUGAUGCCUAAAUCAACGAACUAUUAAACCAAAACCUGCCUCUCCAGGAAGUGAGUCUUGAGUUAUGUUUUGGAGAAAGUGAUAGUCCAAAUUUGUGGAGAGAACAGUAUUCUAGGUAAAGGAACACUCUCAGGUUCAUGGUAUAGAUAUAUUUAUUCAAAGAUUUUCUGCGUGCCUAAUAUGUGCCAGGUUCUAAACUAGAUUCUGAGACUACAAAGAUGAUUAAGAUACUCCUUACCUACAAGGGACUCUGAGUCUAAAGAGAGACAAAGAUGUAACCAAGAGUAUCAAAAAAUGUGCCUUAUGUUAUGACAGAAGAUGGAGCCAGAUGGGGAAGAGCACAGAGCAGUGAGGUCACCCCUUCCUUCCACUCCUUCAGGACAGACUGUGCAGGCAGGGUCUUCAGAGACCCAAACUAACGUUUCAGAGGCCUUGCUUUUAAUCUGGUUGGGUUGUACUCUUUGCCAUCAGCCUUCUCAAGGCUUGGAGCGCCUGGUAGCAAGGCUGCUUCCACUCCUGCUCUGGUCACCUGAUCCGCUGAGGAGGUGAUAGUUUGAACCAAAUCUUGGAGAGUUUAGCAAGCAGACAAGGGGUGGUGGUGAGGGAAAGGGCGUUCCAUGCAGAAGGAGAGGCAAAGGCUUAGAGGAGUGAGGACCUGCCUAUUGAGAGAGUCAAGGAGUUGAGUGUGGCUGGAGCCGGUGGGAAGGGAGUGUGGAGGUGGAGGCAGGAAGCAGGAUGUGGAGCGUUUGUGUGCAGCUCUGGGAAGCCACUGAAGGUUUCCGGCCUGAGAUGGGCAGGCCAGGAGAUUUGCAUUUUUGAGUGAAAACUGGAGCAGCUACACGGAGGAUGGGGUGGAGGGAGAAGAAACCAGCCAGCUGCUGCUGCAAUGGGGCAGGUGAAGGGGACCCCUGUGGGGGCCCUGGAGAUGGGAAGGGACACAGGGCGGUCCUGUGAGGUGAAGCUAAACAGACUGGCCUUCCCUCACCUCUCCCCCUUUCAGUCCCCAAGUGGGAUGCUCCACUAUUCAGGGUCUGCACCCCCAAAGUCCCGUCUUGGGUUUCCUCUUAGUGAUAGGUUUUGUCUAUACCUGCUCCCUGUUUCCCCAAUGAAUGGUACUGUACCCUGAAUUCCUCUCCCUGCCUGCCCUAUGCCCCUUAAAUGCCUACUUCGAUAAACUAGGUAAAACAGGACAAAGGACCUCUGUCCAUGGGCUGAAAGGCAAAGGGCAGAGGGACCCCAGGCCUUGCUGGGAUCAGGACGGUGAUCUGGAGCCAGCACAGCCUCCAGUCUUCUGCCCCAGGGAUGCUGCAUUAACAUUUCACCUGUGGGGAGACUUCCACCUGUAGAAAACUCAUGGUGGGGGAGGGGCAGGGGAGCAGAGGCUGGCCUGGGAGGCAGGCAGGGUCUCCAAGGAGCUCUGACACUCCACUGGCCUCCUUGUGCGUGAGACCACAGGGACUUUCUCCAGGUCUUCCCAUUCACACUGUUUCUACAAACAAACUCUUGCCUCCAAGAACCAAAUCUACCCACAAUAUCUGAGGCCCAGGCUUGGCCCUCAUCUGGAAAAACUUCCCUACUCACCCAGAUGGCAUUUCCAGGAGGACUGAGAGCUGCCUGGCACAUGGAUGCGGUCAUCUGGCCGGAGUCUAGAGGUGGGCUGAGGCAGGAUGAGGCGGGAUGAGGCUGGCUGGGCAGCUGGGAGGGAAGGCGUUAGCACCGUACUGACGUAGAACUUACCAGGUAACCGGGAUGGCUCCUUAGAAGAAAAUCCAUCCUUCUCCAGCCCUCAGUCUGGCCUGUGGGUGACAGGGACCCAGGAGUCACAGCUGCCUCCACACUGGCCAGCAGUUGCCCCAGUACAGUGUCUGGCACCCCUUGUUUUGUCCUCCCGCCUGUCACAAAGCCUCUUCUCCUGGGGGAAGAGCACCAGCCCUUCUGCAGGGGAGCCCACAGCCUUGCAGCCUGGCACAAUGGGCUCCCACGGAGUGCACAGUGUUUCUCAUUGUGGCAUAAAAUGCCAUAAAGUCAGAACAAAGAGGGAGCCCAGAGCCUUGAUGGGCCUGCUGCUUCCUGCCGGGCAGAGAAUACAACUGAUUGUUUAAAAGCCAGUGGUGAGGCAAGUGGCCAAUUAGCACGGCCUUCACC